AAAGCAUUAGUCUCUCCGAAACCCAAACGACUGAGUCCCCACCCCCACUCAGAAGAAAAUGAAAAUCGCCAUCGUACUACUUGUGGCCGGCAUUGUCUGCGCCAACAGCCAGGCAGCACCAGCUGCAAUCGGCGGCGGCGGCGGCAUUGCCAACAAUCCCUUUGCGGCGGCCAAUCCCUAUGCGGCUGCGUUCAAUCCCUUCCUGAACGGACUUUUCGGUGGUGCCGGUGCAGGCGGAGCAGGAGCUCCAGUUGCUGCCACGCCGCCCUUCGGUGGCGCCUCCAUCUCAUCGUUCUUCCAGUCUGUGGUGCUGCAGCGGGAGGCCGAGCGUCUGCUCAGCCAGCCCAACUUCCCCACCGACCUGGCGGAGCGUGUCCAGGAUGUGGUGGCCAACUCGCAGGAGACAAUUGCCGGCUGCAGCACACCCGCCACACUGCCCUGGCUGCAGAUCCGUUGCGUCAAGCCCCUGCUGACCAGCGCCAAGAACGAGCUCAAGCUGAUCGAUGACGAGUGGCAGGCACGCCAAUUGGCCGCCGCUGCCGCAGCUCCAGCCUAGGAGCGGACACAGUUGCACUUUCAAUCCAGUAUUUAAUACCUUAUUUAAUUUAAUGUUUUGUCUGUUUAGCUGAGGGCAAUCGACCAACAUAGUUGCAAUAACAUUCAAAAAUAA